AUGAUACAGCAAGCAAAAGAAGAAGAUCAAGGGAAGUAUGAAUGUGUCGCAAGGAAUACUCAUGGUGUGACACAUUCCAGAGCUGCUCAUUUAUAUGUUAAAGUUCGACGUGUACCACCAUAUUUUUCGUAUAAACUUGAACGCUUAUAUAAAAUAGCACCUGGUGGAGCGCUUAAUUUAACCUGUGUUGCCGUAGGAUAUCCAAUGCCACGGGUAUUCUGGAAAAAAUCCGAUGAUACAUAUCUUAACGAUCCACAAGCUGCACCAAUUGGCCGAAAUGUGCUAACAUUGACAAAAAUUGAGAAAACAGAGAAUUAUACAUGUGUCGCAGUUAGUAAACUUGGUAAUAUCGAAGUGAUGACAACUGUUGAAGUGAAAUCACUACCUCCUGCACCACAAAAUUUGCGUGUAUCUGAUGUAACAUCCAAUAGUGUUCGCGUAAGUUGGGAUCCGGUGCAUAUUGAAGAGGAACCGGUUAAGAAAUAUAUCAUCAAGUACCGCCAAAAGAAUAUUGCUAACUUAUCAACCUCAAUAUUUCCAGCUGAUAUUAUCGAGUAUGAUGAAGGAUCGUUUAUGCAGAAAGAAGUGAGCGCAAAUGUCACUACCACUGUUAUCACUGAAUUGGAACCAUAUCAGUUAUAUGAAAUUACAAUAUCAUCUGUUAAUAUGAUUGGCCAUGGUAUUGCAAGUUUACCAAAAGAGGUGCAAACGGAUGAAACAGCGCCAAGUAGUUCACCACAAAAGGUACAAGCUCGAGCUUUAAGUCGAACAUCUAUUUUAGUACGUUGGGAACCACCAAAAAAACCAAAUGGAUUGAUUACGGGAUAUAUCAUUCAUUAUACCAAUUUGGAACCAACGGCACCAUACUCUUUAUGGAAAAUGCAAGAAACGAAAUCGGAUGAAUUAAUUGCUACGAUAACAAAUUUAGAAUUUGAAAGUAUUUAUUACAUUCAUGUACAAGCAAAAAAUGCUAAAGGAUUAAGUCCAAUGUCAAAACUUGCAACAGUUUUCACGCGACAAGGAAGCCAGCCAACAGGCCUUACAGCAAAAGUUCUCGAUUCACAUCGAAUUCAACUUAUAUGGGACAAACCGUUACAUUCAUAUAACAUUAUCGGUUAUUUAAUUCAUUUCAAUGCAUCAACCGGAAACAGUCGGGAAUUAACACUUACAAUACCGAUAGAAAGGCAUAUCAUCGAUGGAUUACUUCCUGAUACCUUUUACUCUUUCCGAGUAGCAGCUCGAUCAGCAAGAGGUAUUGGAGCAUUUUGUACAGAUGUCACUGUAAAAACAUAUCCAAAUGUUCCGACAGUGUCACCAAAAAUUAUUAUGCUAAAAGCGCUUUCAUCAGAAUCUCUGUUUAUUCAUUGGAAAGCACCAUUGAUUGAAUAUCAUCAAGGUAAAAUUCGGAAUUACCUGAUACGUUGGCGUCCGGUUUUGGCAAGCAAUGAAGCGGAUCAUAGUAAAAUAUGGCAAAGUGAUGAAGAUGAAGAAGAAUUAUUAUCCGGAAAAGGUGAAAAAGGAGAAAAACGAUGGCUGGAAAUAAUUCACGAUACUACAUUAGGCAAUAGUGCAAUUAUCAAGGGAUUAAUUCCACAUACGAUAUAUGAAGUAAGCAUUGCAGCCGGUACCGAUCUGGGUUAUGGACCUGCAAGUGAACCGGAAAAAGCGAAAACGGAAGAAGAUGGUUUGUAUUGUUUUGCAGUUUUGCAGUUUUGCAUGCAUGCUUUUGAUCAUUUUCUUGAUGGUAUUGAGUAG